CGGAUCACUGAAUAUUGAAAGUUUGAAGGUCGAGAUGAAUUACGAAUGUGUCGCUUGGAUUUUGUCGAUUUUCGCUUGACAUAUGGAAGAAAGUCUUUCUGAAUCAACACCAGUGGAUCUGUUUCCACAAGCCCUCCCUAAAAUACCCUCAGAUGCAUCUUGUCCGAGAUAUCAACGAAAGCUGUCUGUAAGGGAAAUAAAAAUCCAACGAUCCGAGGCUGGCAACAAAUAUGCAGCAUUUACAAGACAUUCUCGUGCUAAGGCAUUAUGGAAGGCAGCCUUCAGUUUAAUCUCCUCUCGUGGUGACCCAUGGGAAAAGUUUCAUUUGCAAGAACUUCCAGAAGAAACGGCAAAGCGUUAUCGUUAUAACGCUAUUAAGGGCAAGUGGAUAGAAGAUAUCGUACGUGUAAAAAUCGAAAAUUCACCAUUCAAUCGAGGUGCUAUGAGAGAAUGUUUUCGUGCGAAGAAAUUGUCCAAUUUUUCACAUUGCUCUGAUUGGUCAUAUGCAUCAAAUCAUGUUGCUAAACGUUAUAUUGAGAAGGUUGAAACUCAUGUGUAUUUUGAUGAUGUUCGUUUACAAAUGGAUGCUAAACUAUGGGGUGAAGAAUAUAGUCGUCAACCGUCUGCACCAAAAAAAGUUGAUAUUUCACAAAUGUGUGUAUUGGAGUUUAUUAAUCGACCAGAGAAACCUCUAUAUCACUUGGAACAUUUUAUAGAAGGAACUUAUCGAAAGUAUAAUUCAAAUUCAGGAUUUGUAGAUGAUUUAUCACGAAACACUCCUCAGGCUUUUAGUCACUUCACCUUUGAACGAAGUGGUCAUCGUUUAAUUGUAGUUGAUAUACAAGGUGUUGGUAAUCUAUGGACAGACCCUCAAAUUCAUACAUUUGAUGGUAAAUCUUAUGGAGAUGGAAAUCUGGGGAUUCGUGGAAUGGCUUUAUUUUUUUAUACACAUCGAUGCAAUCCAUUAUGUUUAGCUCUAUCAUUAAGCGCUUUUGAUUUACCAAUAAAUGAAAAACUAUCUACACCAUUUAGUCAAUUAUCUAUGGAAGCAGCGGAUAAUCAGACUGAAAAUACAAAUGGGAUCAGUGAUAAUAAUAAUGUGGAACUCAGUGGAACAGUAGCUAUUCCAGCUUCUCGUCGUGAUCGAUAUGGUAUUCGUCGUUUGGUUUCAGAAAAUAUUGAUUCAUCUUAUGAUUUACAAAACAAUGCCAAUAAUCACAACAAUGACACUAGUAGUGAUUUUGUAAAUCCAAUUGACUUUGUAGAGUCUCAUAGUGUACCUUCGCCUAAAUUACCAUUUCUACCUUCGAGAUCUCCUGUUUUAUGUAGAAAUGAUAUAUUACAAAAGACUGAUCAAAUCAAUCAUAAUUCAAAUGUCGUUGCUAAUAAUGGAAAACACAAUACAAAGUAUAGUAAUAAUACUACUACUACUGAUAAUAAUAAUAAUGGUAAUAAUGAUGAUGCACGUACUGAUGAAUUAAUAUUUGGUCCAAUUUCACUUCAUAAUAAUUCGUAUGAUUCUGGCAUAAGUUUUGAUGGCCCAUCGUUUGGUAAUGUGUUCAAAGCACAACAAAGUAUUAUUAGUGAUCCUGGUUGUGAUCCAGUAUGUUCAGAUUUGGAUCAGUCAAAUUCUCAUUUGAAUUCCAGCGAAAGUUCACAACAGCUCAGUAAAGAAGCUGAACUCAUUGAAUUUUUUCGUUUACAUCAAGCUGGUCAUCGAAGCAGUUCCAUUGCAGCUUUACAUGGUGCUGAUACUGUAAUUUUAGGUUUAAUACAUCAUGAAUUGGCUCGUUUACAUGCUUCUGGUCGUUUAGCUUUAAUGCAUCAAACCGGUUAUUGUCAAUUAAAGUGCAAUGAAAUCAAAAAGCAUCAACCUUCUAUAGAUAUUGAGCAAGAAUUGAAUGGAAAUCAAUUGAAUGAAUUAAAUCGCCCACAAAAUGUUAAUUGGGAAUCAGUUUUAUUUCAUUUAGAACAAUCAGCUAAACUUGGUUGUUUAGAUGCUAUUCAAUGUUUAGCUCAAUAUUAUUUGAAUUUAAUGAUUGAUGGUCCAUUAUCGGAAUGUCCAAUUAAACCUGAUCCAGUGGAAUCUCGAGCACAUGGUUUCACUUUAAUCAGUGCGGCUGCAUCAGCGGGAGAUCGUAUGGCUAUGCUUUAUUUAGCUGAAGCUUAUUAUCAUGGCGAUUAUUAUUCUCCAGAUACUAGUAAUGAUAUCAAUAAUACUAAUAAUGGGCGGAAACAAGAACCUGACUGGUUAGCAGCUGCACAUUGGUAUGAAAUGGCGGCUAAAGUUGUUACUUAUGAUGAUGAUGCUACAGAUGAUGAAACAAAUCAACGCAACCCAUCGUUUGUGAAAAGGAGUCGUUCUGGUUUUCAUUCAUUAUCUGAAUGGCCAAUUUAUCGUUUACAAGGUCGAUUAGGAGAAAUGUACGCUAAAGGUGGUCAUGGUUUAGUCAGAGAUAGAAUAAAAGCUUACGAACUCUUCGAAUCAGCCGCUGAAGGUGCUAGUGAAGCUCAUGAAGGACGUAUAGCAAUGAAGUAUUAUGAACAAGCAGAUCUUUUAGAAGAAUAUACUACUGUUGAAUUUGAUGAAGAAAUAGAAGAAAAAACAGAAGAAGACAAAUAGACAAUAAUAAUAACAAUAAUACGAGUCUGUUUCUUUCAAAUUUAUGUAAUACAUAGAUUUUCUCCGGUUAUGGUUUAAUGUGUAUAGCUGUUUUCUUUUUUUUCUCAUCGAUAACCAAUUGUAUUGAUCAUGUAUAAUCCCUAGUUUUCCCACAUAACAUUUUGACUUGUUUAUAUUCCACUCAUUUUAAUGAUCAACAAACAGGACCUUUUCUAUGAAUAAGCUUUUAUUCAUAUUUUUUCCCACCGAAUUAUUAUAUUUUGUCUUGAAUUAUACUAUGAUUAUUUUCAUGUUCAUUGCAUACACACUUUGUAAUUCCAUGUAUUAUUAUUACUAUUAUUGAUUUAUUCAUUGUGCACUACCACUUCACUCAUUGUAUUAUCCAUUCAUUUUGAACUAAAUGUUUAACGCGCCUCUCAUUUUCGUUAAUUUCCUCUUUCUAUAUCACAUUGUUUUGUUUUUUACGGACUAGAGAUGUGACAAUUUGAACAGAUAUAGAUGUGUGUAUACAUAACCAGAUCUUGUGUUGUCUAUAUCUGACUAACUGAUUUCAUUUUCCCUCUAGUUUCUCUAUAUCCUUUUUUGGAUUUUCCUGUUACUCUGUAGAAAUUAUCUUUUUUUUUCUAAAAAAAGUGAACAUAUAAAAACAAAAUAAUGUCAGUAACAACAGUCAAUAAAACCAUGAUUUAUUUCUAUUGAACAAGUAUUGGAAUUAUUCGUAAUUUUUUUGGUGACAAUUCUCCUGGUUCAGUAAAUAAGCGGUAUAACACAUGUGUGUGAGUAUGUUAGUAAAAAUAUGUCAUUUUCGUCUGUUACUUAGGUACACUAAAUAUACUAGUUAUGUGGUUCUACCUUUGGGCAUCCGCUACAUCCUAAUUCGAAGGUAAACAGAAGAGACUAAAUCUAAGUUUCAUGCUAUUCGGCUUUCGUUAAUAACAAGGUAUUUACAGUCAUGAAAGAGUUGAUGUCCUUUCAUCGAGUUAUGCAGUAUGUUUGGUUGAGUGUAUAUUAUCAGAAAUUCACUUUUUAUUAUCUUCAUAUGAUAUGUGAUAUUGUAGGGUUAACUAGUUAAACUAUAUUAUAAAACUUGACUGAAGUCAAAAUAUUUCAGAUUUUAAAAUAGCAGUAGUUUCAGACUUUUAAAAUCUUGAAAUUGAUUUAAUUCAAAGUUAUAAACAUCUACUUGUUAUUAGUUUUCGGACGUAGAAGUAAACUAAACUGAUAAAUAACGUUAAAUAACUUUUCACUUACUUACGCCUGUUACUCCUCGUGAUGGAGCAUAGGCCACUCAUCAGCAUUCUCCAUCCAACUCUGUCUUGGGCAAUCCUUCCCAGCUCUUUCCAGUUGUUAUUCACACUUUUCAUAUCUGAUUCUAUUUCCCGACGUAAUGUGUUCUUUGGCCUUCCACUUUUCUGCUUCCCUUCAGGAUUCAAAGUUAGGGUUUGCCUCGUGAUGCAGUUUGAUGAUUUGAAUAAUUUUUCAACUAAUCAGUAAAUAGUGUUUUAGUUAUGAAAUAAUUAAGAAAGCAAAAAAAAAAAAGAAUUAUAAAAUGAGAGUAGAUAAAUAGUAUUGACAUGAUUGAUGAACUCUUUCAUACUUAAUUAUUUAUUGCAAUAAAGGAAAUGUGUUAGGAUUAGAGUACUAGUAAAUGUUAUAUAACCAUACAUAAUCAUAAACACUAAUGUAGAUAACGUCUUAAAUUCAAAUCUCGAAAUCUUUUAGAAUAUCAAUGGUUCAGAUCAUGAGUCAGUUGAAGCUAGACCACCGUGGAAAACCUGGAAGCACUGGACGGCCGUUUCGUCCUAUUGUGGGACUCCUCAGCAGUGCGCAUCUACGACCUCGCCUCCUGCGAGAUCCGAACCCAGGACCUACUGGUUUCGCACGCGAGCGCUUAACCACUAGAUCACUGAGCCGGCCGGCAUCCAACGGUGUUAAUGUGUAACUUCAACUAAUCCACGAAAUUGAGCGACACAUUCACCAUUGUCUUCAGUGAGUUACUAUCUCACAACAGACCUGGUUGAACUCCACUGGUCACUACUCACUAGAACUCGUGAAGCCAGUCACUAGUGAGUAUAUGUUGAUUAAUAUCUCCACAAAACCCAUCUUUUAGAAUACUCUAGAAAAUCUAUCAAUCAUAUCAAAUGUUAUGUACAUUUUCGUUUUAUUUGUUUUCUUUUCCAUGAAAAGUUAAUCACUUUCUUAUCGUUAUUUUAAGAAUCUCUAGUUUAUACCCCUACCCUUUAAUCUUAAGUACAAGUUAUCGGUCACUAGAUUUUGAAUUUCGCGCAGAAAUCUGAGAACUAUUAUCUUAAAUCUGAUCGAUUCAGCAGUAUAUGUUUACUUUCAUCAUAUCUAUGUAAAUUAAAUGUUUAUUCUUUUGUGUUUAAAGAAAUGUUCAUGAAUAUUUGUUUAGUACAUUACGCCUAACUAGUUCAUGUACAUUUGUAUCAUUUUUUUUCACGAAUGUACUAGUUAUUUGGUUUUCCUUAAAUGAUGAUUAGAAUAAGGGGAUGUUUAUUGUCAGUAUUUCAUUUGGAUGUGAAGAUUUAAUUUACUUCCUUUCUAAAUGUCAUAUAUGUUAGUAUGUAAUCGAAAGUAGGAUGUGUUGUAGAU